AUGAAUGAUUUUGCAAAAGAGCUCAAUUUAGAAAACACUGUUUUUAAAAACCCACACGGGCUGUCUAUUAAACCAAAUUUUUCUACGGUAAGAGAUGUUUGUAAAUUAGCUGCGUUUUCAUUGAAAAAUCAAUUUUUUUGCUUAAUUGUAAAUACGCAAAGCUACAGUUGUAUAAUUGAAAAUCCAAAUGGAAAUAGAAGCAUUACUUGGAAAACUACAAAUAAAUUAUUAGGAAAAGGAUUUGACGGGAUUAAAACAGGGCAUACAAUUAAAGCUGGGCCGUGCUUGUGUGUAAGAACAAAUAGCUCGAAUCCGCAGCUUAUUGUGACUGUUCUUGGAUGUAAAUCUUACGAAAGUAGGUGGGUUGAAGUACCUAAAAUCGCAAGCUGGGCCCAAAAACGAUUUUUAUAG